ACGUCGGCUACUUCAAUUCGCACGCGCACGGUAAGCGGAGCGACGAGAAGCUCAGCACCAUAGAGCGCAUGGCGCUGGCGCGAGGAUGCUCCGCCGCGCUGCGCCUCGACCCGGAGGGCACCACCGAGUCGGGGAUGCAGUCCGGGAAGGGCAUGGUGGCGCAGAGCGGCUCCAAGUCGUCGUCCGUCCCCGACGCCAAUUCCACGCCGUUGAUCGGCAACGUCUCCGGCUCGGAGAGCGAGAUAGAGAUCACGCCGAUCGUGAAGAAUCAUCUGCCGGGCAUCAUAACUGGGGACGACAUAAAGUCGCAGGAGAGAUGCGUCCCGAGCGACGCCGCCGUCGCCGCGGUGAGGCCUAUCAGACUCGAGAUACACGACACCCCGACGUCGUUGGUGUUCAAAGUGCCGUCGGCGAGAUGCCCGACGGCGAGCAGACGCAGAGAGGUCGCGCGCCCGUCGAGCUCGCCGCUGAAGAAGAGCAGCUCGAUGAACGUGAUACCCGCGUCGCCGUCGAAAGCCUCACUGAAGCGCAGCCAGAGCGAGGUGAAUCUGCACGCUAAGGAGAGGAGGACCGCGUUCCCCCUCAUCUUCGACUCCACGUCCUCGAUCGCCACCGUGGUGAACAAACCCGCCACCUGCGACAAGGUGAUACAGACGAGUCCCGACGUGUGCGCCCAGGAGUCCGUUGGCGUGCAGGUCUCGGAUCUCGAGGAGAGUGAUCCCAAUCUGCGAACGGCGAUACACUCCAUUCUCAAGGGGUCCAAGGGCACGUACAAAGUUAAGAAUCCGCGAAAGUGCGACGCCGAGGUGGGCGCGGACGCGAGGGAGAGCCGGGGGCGGCGGAACAGCUCGGACGUCUCGCGGAACGCGUCGACCUCGGCGACGCCGCAGCCCGACGAGACGGAGAACGUGUCCGGGCGGGCCAACAGCUUCGAGUACUUCCCCGGGCACACCUUCGCCGACGUGCCGAACGGGAGGGACAGCCACGUCUCGUCGGACACCGGCAGGUCCAACUCGACCCUGCCGAACAGCAGCUCCAGCGUCAACGACAAGCUCUGGGGCGACUCGGACAGCCUGGUCCGGGAUCUGGAGAGGAGCGUCAACAUCCUCAAGAGCCUGGUCGACGCCAACAAGUGCGAUAAGCAGGUGAAGAAGCGGCUGAUACAGCACGUCAUCAAGCGGCUCGUCACCGCCAAGUACAUGGACGACAAGAUCGAGCACAAUCUAGAGGACAACGUUCCCUGGAAUCCGGAUGACGCCAGGAAGAAGGUCUACAGGGCCGAGCUGCUCCAGGCCCUGGCGAACAAGCGCAGCACCACCGAGUCCUCAGACGAGUGGAACCUGCACAAGAAGGACGCGUCCAUGCACAAGUCCAUGGGGACCGCGAGCGACGUCAUCAAGGAGGUCGCGUUGGAGAGCAGCAACAGCGACAAGUUCGACCGGCACACAGACAGGACGGUGAUGGACGGCAGGAAGGCGCGGCUCGGGCUGCGCACGGACGAUUGCCAGCAGAUGAGCAACACGCCGACGGAUCCCGACAAGAGCGAGAGCUCCGAGUGCUUCGUCCCUCAGCGCAACCACAAGCACACCAAAGUGAACGACAUAUUUUGCUUCGAGAAGAGCUGCAAGCUGCCGCACCGGGAGUCGACCACGACCAACAGCAUAGCUCCGGAUCACAACAGGAUCCUGCUGGACGCCGUCGUCAACAACAGAAGGACCCCGGUCGAGUCCAACAACAACACGGACAACAACACCGACUGGCGAUUGCCGACGACGUCGUCCGAGAGGCAGUUCGAGUUGAACAAGUGCAGCAUGUCCGAGUCCGGCGACUCCAAGCUGGUGAAUUACGCCGAGAUGGAGAAGAGGAAUCAGCUGAUUUGGAUCACGAACGAGAUCAGCCACCUUUGUAACCUGAAAAAAUUGCUCGAGCAGCCCAGGCGAUUAGAGAGACCCAAGUCCUCGCCGAGAAAGUCCAAAUCGGCGAAUCUCAAGUCGAAGCAGGCGGCGAUACUCAGGCGUGAGCAACACACGGACGGCAUACACAGGUAUAUUUCCAAACGAGAGCGGAGCCCAAAUUUUCUAUGUCUGACUGGCUGUAGCCCAACAACUAGCCAUUAUUUAACCGUUCUUCCACCAAACCCCUCACUCGCUCGUAUACGUGCACGUAGAACUAACAGCGUUCAAUUUGGUGCCCGCAGGAGCGUGUCCGACCUGCGAGAGGAUUCCGUUAACGAGCCAUGGUCGUCUCACUGUAACCUGGCGGCGUGCGAGGCUGCCGGCGACACUAUGGUCCAGAGGAUCAUGAAACGCAACAGUUGCACGCAAACGGCCACAGGCGUGACGAGCGUGUACUCGAAGACCGGCGGGGAGAUUGUGUCCGCCGGCAGAGCGCGGAGAUCCGCGACGAAGCACGUUGGCGUGCAGACACUGCCACGGGAAGCCUCCUCGACGCCAGUCACGCCCGAGUCGGACGGGUACGACGCCAAGUACGCGAGUCCUGCGAAGCAGCCGUGCGCGCACUAUCAGAACGGCACCAGGUGCAGGGAUCAAUCUUGCCAGACGCACGCCACCGCGCCGUUCGCGCGUCACACGUGCGCGCGAUGUAAAGAGAGCCCGUCCGAGAGCGCGGCCCCGGUGAGGCCGCGGAAGGACCAUCAGGGGGACGCGAUGCCGGCUGUCUCGCAGCAGACGCAGACCAAUUACGCGAGCGACAACAGCGCGGCGGAGGCUGCCGCUCGCCGUCGCCGCGCGUCGUCGCAAGGCGGAGGCGUCCAGCCGAAGCAGAAGGAGGCGAAGAAUCAGAUCAACGCGUCGAAGUCGAAAUGCAGUUGCACGCGUGACAACAAGACCGCCUCCGGCGCCGUCAAGGUCAAGCGGACUGAAUAUUACAAACGGUCGUUCACGACGUGUCCGUUGUGCUUCAAGCAGAAGCCCGCUGUAGGUGUCGGCGGCACCGUCUGUGGUGCGUGCCAAAAGAAUCCCUCCUGCGCGCACGACGACGUCUCGGGGGUCGAGCAAACCUGCGGGAACGCGUGCGAGUGCGACGAUGUUUCCGCAAAUGACACGAAUAGACGGAUUAUCAUUGACAACUCUCGACAGAACUACAACGCGGAGGGCCAGGCCAGAAUGCGACCGCUGAACUACGGCGAGCAGCGCGACGCAGGGAAGAUUUGUGAUUGCGCGAACGAUUGUGCUGGAUGCCAUAAUCCGGGAACCGCCGCGGGAAUGUUGCACGAGUGUUGCUCGAGCUGCAAGGUUGACGGUAACGGCUCGUGCCGUUUCGAGUGUCGCCUAAAGAGAGCGGAGCGUCAGGCGCAAAUUUACUCCGACAGCUCGCAGGACAGCGACGUGAAUCGACAACAUAAAGUACAAAGUAGCUUAAAAUGCAAUUGCAACGAGGCUUGCUCCUGUAGUAAUAAUCAAGCGAAAGACACUGUCAAAGCGCGCAAAGUUUACGCGUCAAAACCAAAUUAUAUAGACGAUACCAGUAUUAGUAAGACCGAGAGAAAUUACAAACACUGCCGCGCGUGUGGUGCCAUGUAUAAAAAUACCAGAAAGUGUGCCUGCCGUCAAACGUAUCCCAAAGCUGUCGCAUACGAGUUAUCGUUCACGAAAGAGAAUGUCUCGAAAAACGAAACCUCUGACGUCGCGACGCCGAAAGUCGUCAAGCAACCGUUGAACGCGGCCAAGUCUGACGUCUGUCCUUGCGAUAUUAUUAAGAAAAAUCAUUCCAGCAAAAAUCAUCAGACCAGUACAUUACAGGAUUAUUUAUCUAGAAAUAAUCCCGAAUUUGUGGGCAAUGCGGAAACACGCCGGCAAUAUUUGUCGGAAAUAUGCCAGUUGCGAGAAUUGAGGAAAGAAAAGCGAAUACGGUUAUUAGCGAUGGCUAGUAUAUCCAGCGUUAUUAAAUCCGCGCCAGUACGAAAGCCAACAGUUUACAUGCAGCGAAAAAUUAGCGACGAGGAGAUGAAGGAGAGAUCACGUAAACGGUAUCUCCGGCUGAAUGAGGUGCGAUUCAAACGGCGGCAACAAGAACGGCAAGAGGAAGCACGUCGAAAUAAACUUAUGGCCAAAAUCUUUUGCAAAAGAUUGCAGCAAAAAGUAUUAAGGGGCCAAGUAGAUUUGUCGCAAAGCGUUAGCGUUAUAUCCAAUUUGUAGAAUUACUAGUGCCUAUUUAUGUAGAGUGCUAUUCUAUUUUUGCAAAUACUUAUGGCAAGAACUGUCUUAUGGAUUUUAUUGAAA